AAAAAAACUCUCUUUUCUCUCUCUCAUAUACAAUCAGUCUCCUUCCUCGUAUCUCUCACUCUCUCUCAAUCUCACAGAUACGCACACACAUCCCCCACCGCUUCCUCCUCCGGCGAAGGGCGCCGUCCUCGACCACCUACGCCACAGGCAUCUCCUCCGUCUCACCUCUCGCUCCCUGUCUACCCCCUUCUAUCACUCAGCGCGCACGGCGAGGCUGCACAUGCAGCGCCGCCUCCGUCGCUACGCCGCCGCCGCAGUCACCAUCUCCACGCCUUCCAUCUGUAAUUUUCGGCCUUGCUACCUCUCGUUUUGCUACCCGAGGUCGUUGUAGUUGCUGCUCUCGUCGCAGUUGCGCUCCUACUGGCGGUGCUACAGGUGCCGCUGCAACUGCCCCUGCUGUCGAAGAAAAGAAGAAAAAAAGUAACAUGUUUACCAAUGAUCAGAGACAAAAGGAGCGUACUGGAAAAUAUGGAAGUCCAAGAUUGCAAUAUCUCCAGGAACUGGUUGCACAAUUUCAAAAUGCAUCCGAUGAAGAAACAAAAGAGAAAAUUGUUGCUAGUUUGGGAAACUUUGCUUAUGAUCCUUACAAUUAUACAUUCUUCCGUCAGCUAAAUAUUUUGGAACUUUUUCUGGACUGCUUAACAGAGUCCAAUGAGAGGCUUGUGGAGUUUGCAGUCGGAGGAAUUUGCAAUGCUUGUGCUGAUCCAACAAAUGCUGCAGUAGUCAUUCAAUGUGACGGUGUUCCUCUUGUCAUCCAAUGCUUAUCAAGUCCUGUUAGAAACACGGUGAGUUACGCUAUCGGGGCUCUGUACUAUCUGUGUAGUGAAAAUGCUGAGCAUGAAAUUUUGAAACCAGAGGUACUGGAUGCUAUCAAAAGAUUUGCAGCAGCUGGUGCAGUUAAUGCAAGCUUUAGCAAUCUUGCUCGGGCCUUCUUGGAUAGGUAUGUAUCUAAAAUUGACUGAGUGGAGCUUGCUGGUAACCUGCUGAAUAUUGUCGGGACAAUGGAUAACGAGUAAAACUGGACAUCCGUUAGUGUUAAUAUUGGGUCAAUUUCCUCAAUGAAAAAUAUGUUAGUAUUGCAGCAUAUAGUGAGAGCAGAUUAUUAGUUGAUUUUCUAGAUAUCAAUGAGAUGGAGAAGUUAUGUUUCACCUCUCUUAUUACACUCUUGGAUGUUUAAGCUUGUAAGUUGGUAACUAUGAUCCUGCAGUUUGUAACUGUGACAUACAGAAAUCCAAAUGAAAAAUCAUGAAUAUUGAAACAGCAA